GUAUUUCAGUCCAUCGGCAGCGUCUAUAUCAUGUAGCCGGAAGGUUUAGCUUGCUAAAAUCGAAAUUCAAGAUACGAAGAACAACCAAAAUACCAUCAAAGCAUGGCAACAGUUGAUGUAUUUGGAAGGCAAGUGAAAACUCCCCCAGGGGAAGUUGACUUUCAAAAGGACGUAUUGGCAUUUGGGAGGCCUGGUUGUGGUGCACCCAUUCGAACGAAAUCCGGAAGACCUUUGACCUUUUUGAAGCAAGACCCAAUCAUAAGGUACAAUAGCAAAGCAGAAAAUUCUUUCUUGGAAAGGUACGAAAGAAAGAUUCGUGAAAUGCGUCAACCGACCUCCAUGACUCCCCCGAGGAUUUCAGAUGCGUCGAAUUCCAGAGCAGAGUACAUUCCAGCCUACGAGGUUUACGAAUCCCGGCCAUCGACAACAGCGACGGAAAUUGUUCAGUCCACACGAAAUCUGGAUCUGAACAGGAACACAAAUUCAAAUAAUAAUUAUGAAGGCUAUGAACGCGAAAAAUCUCAUACUUUGCCCCGAGUGGAACGCAAAAACAGCAACAAUAGCAACGGCCCCAUUUCACCAGUUUAUAUCACUCAUCGACCUGAUUUGAAUGAAAAAUUGGGUUGGGUCAACAGCUCUUCGCCGUCUGUAGCUGGAAUAGCAAACUACAGACAAGCUUUGCAAGAACAAUUGAGGGUGUUCGCUGAAAGAAAGCGAAGGGAUGAUCAAGAAUAUCGAUUUUCGGCUGGAAACGAUCUUGUGUCGCUGCUGUGCCAAAAGAAAGUUGGCAAACCGAAAAGAGAUCCAAUCACAGGAGACAUCAUAAACCACCACUUGGGCACGACGGAUGUAACGUCGGUCUGGAGGCGACCUCUAGUCGUACCACCGACAGGUGAAGGCUACGAGUUUCUGCGUCAGGACCCGGUGGCGUACAGAAACUUUCUAGCGCAGCAACAAGCAAAUCGACUCGCGGAGGAAAAGAGGAGACAUCAGCAAGAACAAGAAAUCUACAAACAGCAUUGCAAAACGUGGAGCAGCUUUUGGGGAAGACCUGGGUACGGGGCCCCGUUACCCAGCAGUACCCAUAAGGGUAACCUGUAUGCCAUGUUGCACCACGGAAAACGCUACAAAUCACCCUUGGUUGACGUUCCUGUUCCUCCGAGGAGUGCCCCGAACCCAAAAUUGGAACCCUUGGAUCCAUUGAUUGACCCAAGGACACCCCGACAACCCACUGCCUGAGGGUCAAACUUGGAUUGGGAGCGACAACAAAAAUUGUUACUCUGAUGAUUGGACAUUUGGAGACCCAUUUUCAAAGGGCAAAAUUCUCGAACACAUGAAAGUCUUUGCUGUAGGAGCAUUUAGUGGACCCUUGGUUAACUAACUCUUGAUUUUUAGGAAAAAGUUUCUCAUGUAACAACCCAACAUUUCACCAAAAAACUGUUUCUGUUGAAAAUCCAAAAUUUGAAAAUUCAAAAUUAGAUUUUUAGGCUGAAAUUCAUGGCACAACUUAAGUGCAAAUAAUUCUCUGAUGCAUCACUGAUAUUUAUAUGAAAAUUCUUCCUCUUUGGCACUCUAAUGUGUGUGAACUUGUGUUUUAAAGCUGUUUUCAGCAUCAUUUCUGGUAUAUUU